CGAACGUUCCGAGAGCUCCCAUGCUAGUUACAGAUUCAGCUUGUGGGAGCAAGCAAGGGCGUAGGAGCUCGUUGCGCAUCGCUGUCAAACCCUAGGGAUGAAUUGCAAGCCCUCGUGACACUCUCGCUUUCGUACCAAUUCUCAAUUUAUUUCUCCUCAGUGAUGCGAAUUUUUUUGGGAUUAGUAACAUAGGAAACGGUGUUGUAUGCCGAGAGAUCGGCGUGUUUUCAUUUUGUGAUGAUAGCAGUUUUGGUAGUUUAGAUGGUUGGAGAGGGAGGUUCGUGGCUGUGAUCGGUGAGAGCAGUCGAUUGUGUGAGGGGAAGAUUAGGGGAGGUCGGAUCAGCCAGUUAUGGCGACAGAAACGCCAGGCGCGAAGGCGCGCUCUAAGCUGGAGAAAGUUGUAUCACCAGCAUUGGACAAGGUGAUUAAGAAUUCCGCAUGGCGCAAGCAUAGCAAGCUAGUGCAGGAGGCGAAAGCUGCGAUUGAAAAGCUGGCUGUGAACGAUUUAGAAGCUGCUGCGAGUGCGUUAGAGAGCCCUUUGUACGAGGAUAAUGGAUUGUGUUACAGUGCAGCUAAUGCGGAGUUGCUCCUGCAACCUUUGAUCGGGGCAUGCGAAACUGGUUAUCCUAGGGUUGUGGAACCGGCUCUUGAUUGUCUUCAGAAGCUGAUCGCGCAUGGACAUUUGCGGGGUGAUAUGGAUACUUUGACACCUGAUAAUAAGCUUUUAUUGGAGGUUAUGGAGGGAGUGUGUAAGUGUUACGAUAUGGCAGAGGAUGGCAUUGAGUUGCUGGUUAUGAAAACUCUUCUGUCCGCGGUCACUUCCACCUCAUUGCAAGUGCACGGUGAUAGCUUGUUAAAAGCAGUACGUACUUGCUACAACAUUUACCUGGGCAGCAAAUCUCCGGUCAAUCAAACUACCGCAAAAGCAUCCCUUACCCAAAUGCUAGUGAUCGUAUUCCAGCGAAUGGAAGCAGAUUCAUCUAAUGUGAUGGUACAACCCAUUGUUGUAGCAGAUCUCAUGGAGCCAGCCGAGCGUUCAAACUCAGAUACAAACAUCACACAGUUUGUCCAAGGUUUUAUUACCAAAGUUGUCCAGGACAUUGAAGGCGUCAUAAGUCCAACUCCUGCAUUAAAGUCUAUGCAAUCCACGAAAUAUGACGGCGCUUUUGACACAGCUGCUGGCGCAGACAGCAGCAGUUCGAAUGAUAUUCUAGAAUCAACUGACAAAGACAUGUUAGACGCCAAGUACUGGGAGCUAAAUAUGUACAAGAAUGCGCUCGAUAUAAACAGGAAAGGUGGUGAAUCGGCUGAGUCAGAGGUAGAUAAAGACGGGGAUGCAGAUGUUCAGAUUAACAACAAGUUGCGUCGGGACGCCUUUUUGGUAUUUAGGGCACUUUGUAAGCUCUCUAUGAAGAAUGCUCCUCAAGAAGGCCUUGCAGAUCCAUUUGCCAUUCGUGGGAAGAUUAUAGCGUUGGAGCUCCUCAAGAUUCUGUUGGAAAAUGCUGGGACUAUUUUUCGGACUAGUGACAGAUUUUUGGGAGCCAUCAAGCAAUACCUCUGUCUUUCAUUACUGAAAAAUAGUGCAUCAUCGAUGAUGAAUGUAUUUCAGCUUUCAUGUUCUAUCUUUAUGAGCCUUGUUUCAAGAUUUAGGGCUGGGCUCAAGGCGGAAAUUGGAGUUUUUUUCCCUAUGAUCGUGCUUCGAGUGUUGGAAAACGUUGCACACCCCAAUUUUUCUCAGAAGACAAUUGUAUUGCGCUUUUUGGAAAAGCUUUGCGUCGAUCCACAAAUUUUGGUGGAUAUUUUCGUCAAUUAUGACUGUGACGUAGAUUCGUCUAACAUCUUUGAAAGGAUGGUCAACGGCCUGCUGAAGACUGCGCAAGGCGUACCUAAUGGUGCAGAGACCAGCUUGAACCCUGUUCAGGAUGCCGCUUUUAAGCUCGCAGCUAUCAAGUGUUUGGUUGGGGUGCUGCGGUCUAUGGGGAAUUGGUUGAAUCGUCAAUUACGCCUCACAGAAUCUUCUCCAUACGUAAAGUUUAACGAUGGUGAAGAAAGUACCAGUGAAACAGUUGACACUAUAUCUACUGCAACUGCAGAAGUUCCAGCAGCUACUGGAUCUGAAAAAGGGGAAGAGAAUGCUGAGAAGACCGAUGACAAGAUUGGAGAGAAAAAUGGUGAAGCUAGCAGUACCUCUGGAAGUCGCCCAACUGAGGAGACAUCUGAAGCGGCUACCUUUGAGCAACGGCGUGCUCACAAGUUAGAAGUGCAGGAAGGUAUCGCUCUGUUCAACAAGAAACCUCGAAAAGGCAUUGAGUUUCUCAUUAAAGUCCAUAAAGUGGGUGAGACUCCUGAGGAAGUGGCUAAAUUCCUCCGGGAUGGCAAUGGUUUGGACAAGGGCAUGAUUGGAGAUUAUCUUGGUGAAAAAGAAGACUUUUCUCUCAAAGUGAUGCAUGCUUACGUGGACUCUUUUAAUUUCCAAGGGAUGGAAUUUGAUGAAUCUAUCAGAGCAUUUUUGUUGGGGUUUAGAUUACCUGGAGAGGCCCAGAAAAUUGAUAGGAUUAUGGAGAAAUUCGCUGAGAGAUUCACAAAAUGCAAUCCGAAGGCCUUCAGUAGUGCAGAUACAGCAUACGUGCUUGCUUACUCUGUGAUCAUGCUUAACACCGAUGCCCACAACCCUAUGGUCAAAACUAAGAUGUCUAAGGCAGAGUUCAUUCGCAAUAACCGUGGGAUUGAUGAUGGUCGGGAUAUCCCAGAGGAUUUUAUGAGUAGUCUGUAUGAUCGUAUAGUGUCCAACGAAAUCAAAAUGAAGGCAGAUACCUUGGCGCCAAGUAAGCAACAGCCUGCUAACUCAAACAGGAUGCUAGGGCUGGAUGCCAUCCUCAACAUCGUCGUGCGGAAGCCUCGCGAGGAUUCUAAGAUCAUGGAGACAAGUGAUGAUGUCAUUCGUCAUAUGCAAGAGCAAUUCAAAGCUAAGGCUGGGAAAUCAGAGUCGGUAUAUUAUGCAGCAUCAGAUGUAGAAUUAUUAAGGCCCAUGGUUGAUGUUACAUGGGCUCCCAUGUUGGUUGCAUUCAGCGUACCGCUGGAUAAAAGUGAAGAUGAGGUUGUCACUUUUCAAUGUCUCGAGGGCUUUCGUCAUGCUGUCCACAUCACAGCCGUCUUGUGUAUGCGAACACAACGUGAUGCAUUCCUUACAUCUCUUGCAAAAUUUACAUCGCUUCAUUCUGCUGCAGACAUCAAGCAAAAGAAUAUUGAUGCUAUCAAGGCAAUCAUUUCCAUUGCAGACGAGGAUGGAAACUACUUACAGGAUGCCUGGGAGCACAUUUUGACAUGCGUUUCGCGCUUUGAACAUCUUCAUCUUAUUGGUGAGGGUGCUCCGCCAGAUGCUACCUUCUUUGCAGCUCCUCAGAAUGAAUUAGAUCGACGACAGUCUGUUAAGGGCCCAGUUUUGCCUGUACUGAGAAGAAAAACGCAAGGGAAGUUGCAAUACGCGGCUGCCGCAGCUCGGAGGGGCUCUUAUGACAGUGCUGGCGUAGGGGGUGGAUCUGCCGGAAUUGUCACCACGGAGCAAAUGAACAAUCUUGUUUCUAACUUGAAUAUGUUAGAGCAGAUUGGUAGUUUUGAGGUGAAUAAGAUAUUUACUCGAAGUCAGAGGCUGAACAGUGAAGCGAUUGUUGACUUUGUCAAGGCUUUAUGCAAAGUAUCAAUGGAGGAAUUGCGAUCUCCUAGUGAUCCUCGAGUAUUCAGCUUGACCAAAAUUGUGGAGAUAUCGCAUUUCAACAUGACGCGCAUCAGGCUGGUUUGGUCAAAGAUGUGGAGUGUAUUGGCUGAUUACUUUGUAACAGUCGGGUGUUCAGAUAAUCUUUCUGUUGCAAUGUAUGCUAUGGAUUCGCUACGGCAGCUCGCCAUGAAGUUCUUAGACCGCGACGAGCUUGCGAAUUUCAACUUUCAGAAUGAAUUUAUGAAGCCAUUCGUGAUUGUCAUGCGCAAAAGCUGCUCUGUUGAAAUUCGAGAGCUGAUAAUCCGAUGUGUUUCUCAAAUGGUUUUUGCGCGUGUUGGGAAUGUCAAAUCUGGCUGGAAGAUCAUGUUUAUGGUUUUCACUACAGCAGCUACGGAUGAGCACAAGUCAAUUGUGCUGCUUGCAUUUGAGACAAUAGAAAAGAUUGUACGUGAGUAUUUCCCGUACAUAACUGAAACAGAGACAACCACCUUCACAGAUUGCGUGAACUGUCUCAUAGCUUUUACCAACAGCAGGUUCAAUCAAGAUGUCAGCUUGAAUGCCAUAGCUUUUCUUCGUUUCUGUGCCCUCAAACUUGCUGAAGGAGAGCUUGGUGCUGCUACGCGGAGCAAGAGUGGAAUGAAUCUUGCAUCUCCAGAAGAGUCUCCUACCUUUACUGACAAAGAUGACCAUCUCUAUUUUUGGUUUCCACUUCUUGCUGGACUGUCGGAGCUUACUUUUGAUCCUCGACCUGACAUACGAAAAAGCGCACUUGAAGUAUUGUUUGAUACUCUGCGAAUUCAUGGAGAUAAAUUUUCAGCUGGCUUAUGGGAGAAAGUGUUUGACUCAGUUCUGUUUCCCAUAUUCGACUCGGUGCGUCGUGCUACAGACGCAGCUCACAACGGUGAACCUGAAAAAGAACAAGAAGAGUUGGAGAUGGAUGCGUGGCUAUAUGAGACUUGUACAUUGGCUCUGCAACUUGUGGUAGACUUGUUUGUUAAGUUCUAUCCUGUUGUCAAUCUUUUGCUAGGCAGGGUCCUAUCUUUAUUGACUGGGUUCAUCAAGCGACCUCAUCAAAGUCUAGCAGCUAUUGGUGUGGCCGCCUUUGUACGACUGAUGAGUAAUGCUGGAAGACUUUUCUCAGAUGAAAAGUGGUUAGAAAUCCUCAAUAGUUUGCAUGAAGCUGCACUAGAAACACUCCCUGACAUUGCGCAUCUGGUCGCGACUGCACAAGAUCAGCAAGUAAAUCACAUGGCCAGAACUUCAGUCUCAUCUCGUGCUGAAAGUCAAGAUGGACAUGAACCUUCAAUAGCAUUGCAUAAUCUCAUUCAAGAUGUGAAGUGCCGAACAGCUGUGCAAUUACUGCUCGUGCAGGCUAUGACAGAGAUGUAUAACUCUCAUGGAGCACACCUUUCGGCUGCCAACACAAUGCAGUUACUAGACACACUCCACACAGUAGCGGUUCAUGCACAUAAGGUGAACGGUGACCACGCCCUUCGUCAACAACUUCAAGAACUCCGACUUAUGCCAGACCCCCCAUUGCUGCGUCUGGAGAGCGAGGCGUACCAAGCAUAUCUAGCCAUGUUGCAACAUUUACCUAUGGACAAGCCUAGUUUAGCUAAAGACGUGGAAGUAGAAACUAGAUUGGUUGAGCUUUGUGAAGAAGUGCUUCAGCUUUACAUUUCUAUUUCUACCUCUACUGAUGACUCCAUCCAGAAGCCAAAGUGGGUGAUUCCGCUUGGAUCCGCCAGGAGGCGGGAGUUGGUGUCGCGUGCUCCACUUGUAGUUGCAACUCUGCAGGCAGUUAGUGGUUUGAAGGAUGCUUCGUUUGAGCAGUACUUGGUGCGGUUCUUCCCUCUGCUAGCAGGAUUGAUCAGCUGUGAACACGGUUCCGGAGAGGUGCAGUUAGCGUUAAGCGACAUGUUUAGCAAUUGGAUUGGACCCAUCCUAUUGCAAGCAUAAUUGUAAGGAUAUUUUAGCGUUUGUAGGUAACAGCUAACUCGUAUAUACAACGAUACCAAUUGUAGUUAUUACUCCAAUGCAAUGAUUUGUAUUUAGCGAAUUGAGUCACUUGUUAUUUCGAA